AUGGUACGAGGACCAACUGAAACACUCGUCAAGGUAGAUCCUUUCGCCAUCCUGAACCCUGGAGAGCUUUACUGGCGCGACCACUCCGAAUGGCUCGAACAAGUUUGUGGCUAUCGACUCCGACCACGCUUCCGUCCAGAUUGGGUACCGUCGUGGCAUGCUGACCCUCGGAAAGCACCAUUCAGAAUCAUCUGUGAAGAUGCAUGGUCACCCUUCGCCCAAACUACCGUCGAUGCCGUUCGUAUUCGCGACAAAGCUGACGUUUUCCUGAAGACGGUCAAUUUGGUGCGCCAUCCCCAUGAAGUGGAAAUCGGCCGGUUUCUUACUUCGCUUGGACCGCAACGGGAAAACCAUUGUGUUCCUAUUCUUGAAAUACUGGAACCACCCGACUCCUCAGGGACCGUCAUACUCGUCAUGCCUCUGCUCAGGUCAUACGACAGCCCGAAAUUUGAUACCUUCGGGGAGGUAGUCGAAAUGUUCAGACAGCUGUUUGAAGGCAUGCAAUUCAUGCAUAAACAUGAUGUCGCCCAUCGUGACGCUCAUUGCCUCAACAUCAUGAUGGACGGCGCACGACUAUUCCCUCACGGCUUCCACCCAGACCAUCAGCACCUCAAGCCGGACAAAUACUCAGACGCAAGCCACACGACGCGCACAUGGAUCCCCGUCAAAUACUAUUUUGUAGACUUUGGUAUCUCCCGCCGUUAUGCGUCUGCUCAGCGCGAAGGCGAACUAUGGGAACCAAUUAUCCGCAGCGGUGACAAAAGCCCGCCUGAACACGAUGGAAUGGUUUCUGCAGACCCGUUCCCGACAGACGUUUAUCUCUUGGGAAACUUCAUCAAGACUCAAUUCAUCGAGGGCGAUGGCGUAAUUUCCUUUGGCUUCCAUGGGUUCAAGUUCAUAACUGCAUUAGUGCAGGAAAUGACCCAGACCGAGCCGACCCACCGACCCACCAUGGAUGAGGUUGUUGUUCGAUUCGCGGAUAUCCAGAAAAAAUCGAGUUGUUGGAAGUUGCGUUCGCGUGUCGUAGGAAAGAAGGAGAGUCGAUGGAUGAAACCCCCUCGGCUAGUCAUGCACUGGUCCCGUCGUUUCAGGUCGAUUGCAGUUCGCAGACCACCUUUACCGGUACCUUCAGAUUGA